CUUCGAGUGGAUCUCAUGUCUCUGAAUUGCAUCAUUUCUUGCUCCCUGCUCCUCGAUACUGUGACAGCACCGUAAAACUUGUUCUUGUGCUGCCAUAUUAAGGAGCAUAUCUAUUCUUUGAAAUGAGCAUGAAGGAGUGUGGAUUAGGUCUUGAGGAACCUCCACUGUGGAGCUAUAAUUGAGGAACCUCCAAUGCGGAGGUCAGGCACUCCAGUCCUCGCGGGCUUUUAACCUACAUGUUUUCAAAAUUUCUCUCCUUCAGCACACUUGAUUGAAAUGAUCAUGAUUGUGAUCGGGUUUCUGCAGAGCUUGAUGAUAAUCUUGACCAUUUGAAUCAGGUGUGUUGGAGGAGGGAAACUUCUAAAACAUGCAGGAUAAGGUCUCUCGAGGACAUGAGUUGGUGAUCCCUGCUCUAUUGUUUCUUUUGCGGAAGCCUUUCAGCCUCACGACAGAGACAUAUAUGGACGUAUGCUCGCUGGAUUGCAGCAAAGCAGCAUUCCACAAAUUAAUAGUUAAUUCUAUGUUUUUGUAGUUUAUUGACCAUCUUGGUCUAAAUUAUGCAGAUUUUGUGGACUCUCCAUUUAAUUUGGGCAGUAACUCUGAAAUGACUCCAUGGUUACUACGCAACGAAAAUCUGUAACAGGAUGUAAGCUAAUCUUCUCAAAUGCAUGUACGAAUAUCAACAAAUUCAAAAUGACCCUCAAAGUUUUGAUGAUCGUGUACAGUUUUUACAUUGCACAAAAUGGGACUUUUAAUAAAAACAGCUGUUUGUGUUCAUUUUAAUAAUGCCCCAAUUUCAGAAAAAAAAUUCAGUUUGUCAAUGCUUGAAAUUGAAUUCUUUUCACUUUACUCGUGACAUGAUGCACAGCAGUACAUCAACAGCAGACACAAAUCAUUCCAAAAAUCAUAAAGAUGUACUGUAAGUGAGGGUUGAAGGGGAACUCGGGGAUUAAGCCUAUGCAAGCCUGUUAACAAUCAGCUCUACUCAUAACAGUAACAUGCAAACAGUUGUAUAGCGUAAAGUGAUAGUUUAAUGUAAUUCCACUUGAAAUACAAAGCAUCAAAGUGGAUGAGUUUGGAGUGUCUUAAUUCGAACAUGGAGCAGCAGAUUCAUUUCUGAGACAGGUCAAUGAAGUGCCUUCAUCUUUAACUUUUGUCCCCUGCAAAUGUUGACAUUGGUAAACAAACAUAAUUUCUUCAAGCGCAUAUGUUUGGUCAGUGGCAUUUUACUGACACUUUAUAAGGAUUAUGCGGUUUAUUGUGGCACUUCAACAUACUGUCUUACUCAAGUGGCGAGUAAAAACAUGUUUUUGGGACUCAUACUUGAUCAUUGACUUCCACGUGAAACUACUGGAUCAAAUAUGUGAAAAUAGGACGCAGAAUAUAAAUGACACCAAUGCAAUAGUAUUUUCUGGCUUGAGGAGAAUAUUAGGGGGGGGGGGUCUUUUGCCUUGCAGCCCAAGGGCACAACAUUGAGUUUCAGCCUUUUACUCAUCUCUUUGUGCUAAUUUGUGUCUUUUGGUGAUAAACCUCAUCUUUAUCACGUUCACAUCUGUCCUAAUUUGGUUUCAAAAAGUCUCUUUUUAUACGACUCAGUUACUCUCAGCUCAUCUCAUUUGUGUUCCUGGAGGACCUUAUAAGUGGUGGCAAGUCCAAGUGCUUUAUCUAAAUAAAAUCGAACGUACAAUUUGACAAUGAAUUAUGGGGAAAAAUGAAACAACAUUAAAAAAACACAAAUAGGUGAUUCACAUAGUCACUUUAUACAGUUAAAAACGUAAAAUAUUUCAGCGUGGGUCGUGAUAUAGAAUACAUUAAAAAAAACAGUAGGUUAUGGUGGCGCUGUUUUUAGUAUUUCAACGAGAGCCCAAACGUUCACGUCGUCACGUCGUCGCCCAAUGACUCUCGUCAUUUCGUCAUUGGGCGGUUCUUAAUAAACUGGACCACUUGGCAGUGCUGAAAUCAACUCUCCUCAAUGCGGUCAUUUUUUUUCUGACGAUUAUCAUCUGGAAUAUAUUUGCUACAACGUAUUCUGGACUAUUUUACGGCGAAAUCGGACCUGGACAAACAAACACUGGGACAAAGUGCAGUGAGCGCACGAGAGAACAAUGAUGUGCGUCGUAGUGCAGCCACGGCAAAGGUACGCGCUGUUCGUCAUUGUUAUUCUUCUCUCUUUCGUUACUCAAAUAUCCAACUCCGUGACCCAUUAUUCCAUACCCGAGGAAAUGAAGGAGGGAUCAGUUGUUGCUAACCUUGCCACCGACCUGGGAUUGGAUGUCAAAAUACUAAAUCGGCGGAAGAUGCGUUUGGACAUUAUUUCAAACAAAAAAUAUCUGGACGUCAACAAAGACACCGGAGAGCUGUAUAUCGUUGAGAAGAUCGACAGGGAACACAUCUGCCCAACAAAGUCGCCAGACUCAUGUUAUCUGAGACUUGAGGUGAUCAUGGAGAACCCGUUAAGAAUUUUUAACAUUGAGGUCGAAAUAAUGGAUAUGAACGACAACGCCCCUCAAUUUCGGAGAGACGCCUUUCAUUUGGAUGUAUCUGAAUCGACACCAAAAGGGGAGAGAUUCUCUCUUAGCAAUGCAGUCGAUCCGGAUGUAGGCAGCAACACAGUGAAAACAUAUCAUCUGAGUGAAAGUGAACAUUUUAACAUUGAGGUUCAGACGGGGAGGGAGGGAACAAAACUCGCAGAUUUGAUAUUGAAGAAGGUUUUGGACCGAGAGGAGCAGUCUGUGCACAAUUUAAUAUUAACGGCAGUAGAUGGCGGCGCACCUCCGCGUUCUGGCACAGCGAGAAUUAUUGUUCAUGUUUUAGACAAUAAUGACAACGCCCCUCUCUUUGAUAAUACUAUUUACAGUGUUAAAAUCAUGGAAAAUUCCCCUAUUGGAAGCCUUGUUAUUGAUUUAAAUGCGACUGAUUUAGAUGAGGGCUCAAAUUCUGAUUUAACAUACUCAUAUAGUUUAUAUACACCAGAGAAAGCACGAGAAACAUUUUAUUUAAAUCCAUCUACUGGUGAGAUCACUGUGAAAGGAAUGCUUAACUAUGAAGAUUUUAAGAUUUAUGAUAUGGAAGUGAUAGCAGCAGACAGAGGCGUCAAUAGUUUGUCAGGCCAAUGUACGAUCAAAAUUCAAAUUGAGGACAUGAAUGACAACCACCCAGAAAUAUCCAUUAAAUCUUUUCAAAGUCCAGUCAGCGAAAACAUUGAUGUCGACACCGUGAUAGCAGUUGUGAGUGUGAGUGAUAAGGACUCCGGCAAUAAUGGAGUGGUGGAUCUUCGCAUUCCAAACAACAUGCCUUUUAAAUUGAGGGAGUCGCCCGAUAGCUUAUAUAAAUUAGUUGUUUCGGAGCCAUUAGACCGUGAGAAGGUUCCAGAAUACGACAUCACCUUCACCGUCACAGACAGAGGCUCCCCUCCUUUAAGUGACAACGAAACCAUGACUUUGCAUCUGCUGGAUGUAAAUGAUAAUGCGCCACACUUCCCUCAGUCCUUUUAUACCAUACGUGUGAUGGAGAAUAACGCCCCUGGCGCCUUGCUGAGCUCCCUCAGUGCCUUUGACCCCGACCUCCAUGAGAACCAGUACCUAGUGUACUUCAUCCUGGAGAAGGAGAUAGCCAACACCUCCAUGUCCAUGCUCUUCUCCAUCAAUCCAGAGAACGGCAAUCUUUACGCACUAAAGACUUUUGACUAUGAGAUGGAGAAGGACUUCCUCUUCCACAUCGAGGCCAGAGACUCUGGUUCUCCUCCGCUCAGCAGCAACGUGACCGUCCACAUCAUCAUCGUGGAUCAGAAUGACAACACCCCGGUUAUCGUCUCUCCGUGGCGAGCGCACGGCUCCGUGGUGGAGGAGAAGAUCCCCAGAUCCACGGAUAAAGGCUCCCUGGUGGCCAAGGUGAUAGCCUUGGACGUGGAUUCCGUGCACAACUCUCGCGUCACCUACCAGUUCCUGCAGGUGACCGACGCCUCUUUGUUCAGUCUGGACCAGUACAACGGGGAGAUCCGCACCAUGAGGAUGUUCAGCUACAAAGAUUCUCGUCACCAGAGACUGGUGGUUGUUGCCAAGGACAACGGGGAGCCCGCUCUCUCCGCUACGGUCACCAUCAAGCUGUCCACGGUGGAAACGGCCGUGAAGGCCUACUCGGACAUGACCGAGGUGCCUCUGGAAUACGACAUCUUCUCGGACCUCAACCUGUAUUUGGUCAUCGGUCUAGGCUCGGUGUCCUUCCUGCUGCUCAUCACCAUCCUGGUCACCAUCGUGCUCAAGUGUCAGAAGGUCAAGCCCAGCAAAGCGGCUCCUCCCUGCAGGAACAGCGUGAUCAGCGAGAGGAACUCCACCAUCGCAGAUUCCACUCUGGUGUCCAACGAUGCCUACUGGUACAGUCUGUUCCUAGCAGAGACCAGGAAAGGAAAACUGGUGGUCAGGCAGCCCAUGCCGAAGGGCUCAAGGUACAUUGUGUCCAGUAUUCCCAGGAGCACAGGCAUGUCUGAAACUAGCGGCUCGGCUCCUUCCACCUUGCAGGUAAAACAUAUUUGCUACUUCAAUAGCAAUGCAAUGAUGAAGACUUAAGAGCAGUAUCCAAUUCUGCAGUCACAGUGCAGCAUUUUCCCAAUGUUUUUAAGUGUCGCAGUUAAAUCCCAAUUUUAAAUAUGUUAAGUGCAGGCUGCACGGUAGAAUAAUCAAUAAAGUUUUACUUAUAGCACCCAAUUUGUGGCCUAUGUAUAUUUCGCUUAUACUGUACAUCAUCGCAUUGAUCCAUGCAAACUAUUUUAUCCUUGAAGAUAUUUUUGCGACUAAGUGCAUGCAUGUGGUCCCUAAGUGUGAAUGGAUAAAGUGUGUUUGUUUUUCUCCAUGCCUUGUAAUAUGCCUAAACAAACACUAUAUCAAAUACUCUCAGCAACUGUUAACGUUAAAACUGGUAAGUACGAAUAGAGGUAUCCCAUCUAAAAGUGUAGGAGUGAAAAUACAAAUAUAAGAUCAACAUCAACAAAACCUUGCACAGAUGUCUUUCUUUGUAAUACCACCACAAAUUAUCGUGGGGUUAAAGAUUCCUUGAUUGUCGUAAAUGUGUUUUCCACGAGGCUUCAUUUCAUGAAUAAUGUUUUCUCUGAGUUUUAUAAAGCAGCACCCGCCAAACUAAACAAGAGUAGACAAAAAUAAAACAAACUACACAAAAUGAAAUGUAUUACAACUGUUUUGGAGGUUUUCUUCUCAUGUAUGACACUGUUUUCUGCCUUUUUCUAUCCAGGUAAGUGUAAGAUGUUCUACAAACAUAUUUUAACAUGUUAAACUUGUGUUUUAAUGGUACACGUGUCUAUAUUAAUCAGGGCCACAGUUGCUGAAUCUGGCAACUUUGUUCAGCUUGUCUCUGCAUGGAAGCACUCAUCACAGGCUACUUUCACAACAACUUCUUUUUAUCAGCCCUGUAAUAACCUCAUCUCACCCUUUCUUUUUCUUCCCACU